UGAGCAUGCAGGCUGGUUUUUGGUGAAGGCGCAGCCGCAUGAAGGCUAAUCAGUUCAGCCAACCAACGAGAGGGGCGAUUGGGCCAACGCUGAACAGUCGUGCUCAGCCACCACCUGGAACAGCGCAUAGGAAGCACAAACUUUACCCGCUCCUAAUAUGAUCACCCAGUCAUUUGAAUACUCGACGAAGGAGACAUCACCUCCCCAGGAAGACAUUUUCCCGUACCAUUAUUGCGAAGAUGCAACACCAUGCUGCCGAAGUUGAUAAGAUCCAGCGACUGCAGCAGGCAGAAGCGCAGCCUGAAGCAUUGGUAAACCACGACUCUGCCAACACAAUCCAAAGCCUCGACGAUAAGACUCUCCAUCUUAAGAGCAAACGCAAAUGGCCAUCUGACAACAAUGCGCCCGAAAGGACGUGGUCUCGGGAUCUUGCGGCGGCAAUAAGCAAGAAUGAAAACAUAGCUCAUGAAGUCGACGACCAUACUAAGGAGCCCAUGGACAAAAAGCUCCCUUGGAAACGACAUCCUCAAACCGUGAUGUCCUCUACGCAUCCCAAACUAUUUUCACAGCCGGGUUCAUCGGCAAAAGCGCAUGAUAACCUUGUCAAAUUCGUCGUAAGAUUUGUCAAGAUGGUUUAUCGGAAAUCUGGCGUGCAAAGGCACUGUUCUGGAACGAGUCAGAGAUACACAGCAAUCGUCCAAAUGCGCCUCAGGGACGCUCUCACGGUCUACGCCACUCAACUGCUAUCCAGAUCAGUGACAGUCGUCAAUGCUUCAGCGAGCGCUAAUGAGAAAGAUGCGAUGCUCACUUUAUUUGCAGCGAUCCUAAUUCAACAUUGCAAAACUCACAUCGCGUGGUUGUCCACCAGACGUCUAUCCACACAAUACAACCCCACAUCUGUGAAUCGAUUAAGAUUAGGGAUGAAAUUCAUGGCUCCACCGGACUUUUCAUCCCAGCGAAUCGGUCUUAAGACAAACACUAGGGUCGCGCUUUGGGACGACUGCGGUGGUCGCAAACAUAUGAAAUCUAAGGUUGCGCCUCCAGACCACUAUAAAGUCGAGCUCUCAGAGUAUCUCGAAAAACAAAUGACUGAUUUAGAACUCGAUCAUAUCAUGGGUCUUUUGGGUGCGACUGAUGAGAUAAGACUCUUGGCACUAUGCGUGCGGUCUAGCCUAUCUCGAGACAAGUCUGCAAUGAGAACCAUCUGGGCGACGAUGUCAGAGAAGGAUCUGUUUCACCAGGAACAAUAUGGCUACAAAGCUGACAUUCAGAUGGAUUGGUGGUCAAUCACGAAAUUCAUGAGAGAUCAGUAUGAAGAUGAGUGUGGAGUACAAAUACCCAAGUUCGGCUCGGUCGUGACACUCACCGGCAGUUCCACUCGACAUGCCCAAGCCUCGACGUGUGCCGACUACAUUAAAGCGACAUGGCCCCAUACUGGCGCGUUCUACCUGGAUCUUCUCGAUGCCAUUCACGCUGCUAUCGCGGCAUCGGAUGCAGACAGUCCAGUUGAGGCUUUCCUACAGAGGGAUCUGGGCCUCUCUGUCCGAGUGGAUAUCUCUGAUACUGUCGCCACAUUUACAGCGCAAGCUACGAAAAAGCAUCUGCUCGUAGAGCUAGCUCAGCAGCUAUCAUGGUUUAGUUCCGCGUUCACAACAUCGCCGUUCGAGGAGGGAUUAGCCUAUUCCAGCCCGUUGUUUCUUCGAAAGCAGCGAGGUGUUUUCGAGAUCAAAGUCCACCACGAACAGAUUGACACGUAUGGAGAGACAUGCUGGCUACCUUUGUUUGACAAUGCAUGUAUUGUGACUGGUUUUCCUAUAGCACAAAGAGCGCUGGAGGUUGGAUUGGAAAUACCCUUGGAACUUCUGGCUGGGAUCUCAGGAGCUCGACACGUGGUUGAAUACGAAGGAGGCUUGGUGAUGAAAGGGUUCUCUCACAUGCUCGUCCCAGUUCGGCGCCAACUUGAUCGGGUUCAAUGGCAUGCCGUCUCUAGUCCCGAUGAAGAUACACCGCUAUCAUAUCACGAUGGUAUAUCACGCUGCAAGUCACGCGCCAUGCUCCACGAAGUUGGCCUCCAGGGUCUUGCAUCACUACGAGCCAUCGUUGGAUGGUGUUCGAUAGCAACUACUUCCCUCGGAUCUAGCCAUGCAAACUACGAUAACAUUGACUACACCAAAGCCAAUGGAGCGGACUCGGGACCUAGGCUUACGGGUACAUCUUUCGGUUUCCAGCAGUUUGGAGUGGCCGCGUUGGAUGUAAGGUUCGGGUUGAAAGAUGGAAAGAGCCACUUCCAACGAGCUGGUCCAUAUCAAAGAGUUAUCCCGCUCGCAGAGAGUCGCCCCGUAGUGCUGCACGACAUCGACGGAAAACGAUCAUGGCUCGUUCCCGCAACUAAUGUCAUGUUGCACAUAAUCCAGCAUCGCCAUCAAUUGAACCCGUUUCAGGUGAACGGGAAGCCAGUUAGUCUUGAUACAAACAUCCCAACAGGAUCGUCAGCGAAAGAGGUCUUGUUGAAGCAUCGAUCCCAAGUCCUGUACGAACACGAUAACUAUACCUUCAUGGACGAUAUCCUGAAUAUUUGGUCGAUUCUAGAGUUUCUCCUGGCCCAGAAUAUCAGUCGCCAGCGCGAGGCGCCUGGCGUCCGUAUCCCGACCUCAUUGCAUGAGAGUUUAUACGGAUUCGAGUUCAAAGCUGUGGUCCUCGAAGAUGCGCCUUACAGACUCAAGAGAGCACCUAUCAGUAAGAACCAUGGUGGAUGGUCAAGGCUCAUUGAAGACAUCGACGCCUUGGUCUUAUUCGCUAAUGGCUUGGGAGAUGUCAUCCUACCAGCAGACGGAUCUAACCACGUUUUGUGUCAUAAGUGGAGAAGAGUACCACAUGGGCAUGACUAUUUGACUACAACCACAGGCGUGCUGCAAAACCUAUUUGAUAAGGCGGGCAGUCGGUUGGAUCGAAAGUACCUCACUAUCAAAAGUAAGCUUCGGUGGCAUCAAGGAAGCUCCACGUUGUUCAAUGCAUGCCGAGAUUUAACAGACUGCGACUGUACACGCCUGCAACAGCUCGUCCCAGAAUCUGCAAUUAAGAGUGUCCACCCUCCAGCCUCUAUAGCUACUGAAGGGGCUGUGAUAUUUGGACGUCCUGAGCCUCGUCCCGCUCCAUCGCUUCCUAUGGAACCUCAAAUUCUCAGUAGUUUGUAUAGUCAACCGAAUGUCUCGAUUGCGCCGAGCACCAUGCGUCGGCGCUACAGCACGAUCGACGAAGAGACGGAAAACAUCAGACGAUUGGAUUUAGAGAUCAAUGAGUUGAGCUACGAGCAUGAUCGCCGGCUACAAGUCAUCUGAUGAGUCAGUUAUCCCUCCAAAUGUUUAUGUCCAUCAUAUCCAUCCAUGUCGCAGUAUCUUUCCACAAAAGAUCUCAUGUAUUCAUCUACGCAAUCACAAAAGACAUGACCACCACACCUGCCACCAAUGUAGCCAUCCCCGCUUUCCUGCCCCACUCCAUACCCGCCGCCGCAUUCUCAUUGUUCACAGACUCCGGCGGCACACGACUCCCCUCCCUCACAUGAUCAGGCGCAAUGCAAACGACCUUUGUCACGCCACUCAUAGAUGCCUCUUCAGACACAGCAGCAACAAGAACCGGGACAGGCCUCGUGAUGUAUUCAUCGUACCAAGUGAAGUUGUCAACGUUGGUAUCGUAGUCCCAGGGUUCUUGUGUGGGGCCCACGCCGAAGAGUCCGCGCGUGCUGAAGCCAGCUGGUACGUCGAUGCCAGGGGGAGCGGCAUU